UGUGGAACGCAAAACCGAAGAGAAAACACAAGCGAUCAUAAGGCUAGAUAAUCGGUUUUUCAUUCAAAGAACAGUGCUUACGUUGCACGAACAACUGGCUGCGAUAUCACGGAGUGUCUCACGUUCAAUUGUUUUCAACAGCAUUACAACCCCUAACCCUUAUCUGUUGAUCUGGCCCACGAUAGACCACAUUGACGUCAUCGCACGAUAACGCUUCUACCGCGACAUUGCAACAUUGGACUGGCGCCGAAAAUAACCUCGUUGUUGACAAGCCUACGUGAAUGAGCUUGCGAUACAUUACCCACCACCAUUCUACCCGCAUCCUGCAUCGGUCGUCACCCAAGAUGUCCACCUCCACCCCCUCCUCCACUGCUCCAAAUCCUAGCCAGAAACCACUAAAACACCGAUCCGUGGUCUCCUCCUUCAUCUUCAAACUUCCCUCUUCUUACCUCCCCUCUUUAUCCCCCUCCUCCUCCUUAUCGACCUCCUCCAACUCCGAUUCAUCUAUCCAAAAACCACUCGUGGCCCUGUUCAAACGCUCCGACAAAGUCAGCACUUACCCCCAUCACCACGCCCCCAUCUCCGGUUCCAUCGAAGCAACCGACCCCUCCCCCCUUAGCGCAGCCUGGCGCGAAAUUCAUGAAGAGACCACUUUAACUGCUUCCGAUCUGAAGCUCCUUCGGCAAGGGAAGCCGUACACUUUCUCUGAUGAAUCAGUAGGACGAGAAUGGACAAUUUGGCCGUUUGGGUUUUUGUUGAAGGACCCGGCUGGGGAUGGCGAGGGGAGCGAGAAAAGGAUCAAGAUCGAUUGGGAGCACGAGGGGUGGGGAUGGUUCGAUCCGUUGGACGUGCAAGAUACAGAAGAAUUCGGAGGAGUGCCGAAGCUGAAGGAGAGUUUGAGGAGGGUCUGGUUUGAGAUUGAUCUCGGGCCUGAAGCCGGCAAAGUACUGGCGGAGGGGUGUAAGCGUUUGGAAGAGGAUUAUGUGAGCGGGGCGAGGCAGAUGGCUGGUGAUGCCUUGCGUAUCUUGCGGGAUGUGAUCGACAAGAUGGAUGAUGGUGUCUUGGAUGGAAAGAAUGGAGAUGGGAGAGAAGCCAAAUGGUGGAAGGACAUCAGAAUGGCUGCAUGGCAUCUUUGGAAGAAUGGGCGGGAGAGUAUGGGCGCGGCGAUCAUGUCCGCUUUGUUGUCUGCUUUGGCUUCCGUUGAGGCUCAAGUUUUCCAGGACCAUUCCACCAGCUCCAAGGACAGCGGAAGGCAACUCAAAUCAACCAUCGUCUCCGUUUUGGACCGGGAGAUCUCUGCCCGGUCCUCAACCAACGAGCAGAUUUCCCAAUCCUUCGCCUCCUACAUCUCCCAUCACCUCUCCUCCCUCAUCAAAUCUCAGAAACCUCUUUCUAUUCUGACCUUGUCAGAAUCCUCCACAAUCACUCACGCCCUCUCCCACCUCCCCAUCCUUCUCCCCAACUUAAUCCUCGAUAUUCGCAUCCUUGAAUCCCGCCCCCUGCUCGAAGGUGUCUCUCUCGCCGCCAGCCUCGCCAAAGCUCUCUCCACAGACUUAGCAUCCAGUAACAACCGCCAACACAGCAUCACCGUUUACACCGACGCCUCGGCCUGUCUUGCCACCCAUGGGGUGCAGCUGGUGGUGAUAGGCGCCGACCGCAUCGCCUCCGAUGGCUCUGUGAGCAACAAGACUGGCUCGCUGUCUACUCUCCUCGCCACUCGACACAACGCAAAAGCAGCCAAGGUGGUAGUCCUUUGCGACUCGGAGAAGGUGGCACUCCCUGGACCGCUAGAACAACACGUAGUGGAGGAUCAGGGGUUGGAGCAAGUGACGAGGGCGUGGAUGGGCGAGGGGAGUAGUGAGCGGAUUAGAGGGGCUGCUAGGACGGUACUGAACUUUGCUGAUGCCACAAAAACUGAGGGGAAGAAGACGGGGGUGAAAGUGGAAGUGAGGAAUGUGUCUUUCGAGUGGUGUGCUGGAGGGCUCAUUGAUGCUUACGUUACUGAGGAGGGCGAGUGGAAUGAUGAGAACGUGAAGAAGAAGUCAGAGGCGCUUCAGGGGUUGGAGAAACGGUUGUUUGGACCUUUGUGAGCUGUAUUGAUGGAGGCGGAAAGGCGAUGACGCAAAGCAAAGGGCCGAUCCUGCAGUGGUAGCGGAAGAGGGAAAACGGAAAACAAUGUCAGCCAGAAUACCAAGUGUCAAGGGAAUUCCAUUGAAUGCGCCAGGGUACGGACUUCUAGUGUGUCACCGAAGAAGGCAAAGGACGCUUGGAACAAAGG